AUGCUUUUAGUCUUCUUAGUACUAGUUCUCAUUCCACAAAACGUCGCCACUCAAGUUUUAGGGAGCCCUCUACCGAGAGAGUGGAAAGAUACUUUCGAGACGCUCAACAUGAUAUAUAGCGAAAAUCUGGAAAGACACUUUCGAGACGCUCAACGUAAUAUAUAGCGACAAUCUGAAAUGGAGCAAUGAGUGGGCGAACAAGGCUUUGGACUAUUUGAAGUCGCCGAAGAGUGUGAAGGCUGACGUGGUUAUCGAAGGCGAACAGUCCUUCAACGAGGAUGAUACCCAAUUACCGUUGCAGAAAUUGCUUGCAUUCCUCCAACCCCGCUUUCACAAGAUAGAGAAAGAUCUCGCACGUCUUCCCAAGGGCACGAUCUAUGGAUGCAACGGUGUGAUCAACAAGAAGGGAAACAAGAAUUCCAUCUCCGCUGUCUGUCUUUACAAAAAGCCUUAAUGUAG